AAUUUUUCACAAGAACCUGUCCCUCCAAUACUAGGUGAUAUUGAAUGGCCUUCAGACGAGGAGGUGGCUGAAGACGCAAAGCAACUGAUACUCCGUCUACUUGAUGAAGAACCUGGGAGACGUUUAGGUUAGCAUAAUCUUAAGCCAUGAUCACAAGCAUAGGCCUCACUUUGGUCUAAUUUGCGUUGAGCUGAUUGGCUGAUAAAACUAUUGUCAGCCAAUCACUCCAAUCAGUGAAGCGAAAACCAGGCCAAGCCCAGGCUUGUAUGAUAUACAAAACACGGCUUCAGUCAUAAAGUUUGUAUUUUUCAGGCACAGUGGUUGUAUCUCCUAAGUACCGCUGCUGUUUAGUGAUCGAAUUUACUGCAGUGCACUUGAGAUAGUCGUGCAAGUUCGAGGAUGCUAAUUAUUAACGAUGACUUGAAUAUGAUCACAUUCUCAGCCUCAAGUUCAAACUAUUCUUUCUUUUGCAAUCAAACAAAUUCACGCAGUAUUGCAGAAAUAGUAUCAUACAUUGUAUGUCUAGUCCUAAAUUGAACUACCUACAUGUCUUUAGUUUCAGUGCAUGUACACCAAGAUUUAAGCAGUUAAUUAGGGAAUUAAAUCAAAUUGGUAUUCAUAUUGUGUGUAUAUUUUAGGUGACCAUGAGAUCAAAAUUCAUGUUUAUUUUGUUGAACUGGACUGGGAUGCUUUAUUGAGACAAAAAGCUGAGUUUAUCCCACAGUUAGAUGACGAAGAAGACACUAGCUACUUCGAUAGUAAGUCGAUUAAAAUCUUGGACCUAUAUAUAACAAGUUGGGAUAUUUUUUGGUUUAAAACAUGCAGGGUUUGUUGAACAAUUUUAUCGUAGACAAUGCAACAUUAAAGAGUUUGAGCAAGAAGUACGAAGAUGAAGAUGCACUUGACAAUUUUUGCAAGUGUGAUUCAAUACUGUAGUUUAUUGUACUGUUUAUAAUGACUAAACAGUAUUGUGGGGUGUUGGCGGUACAAGGGGGUUAGUGUGUAUGUGCCCUUCUCCUCUGACUGGAGUUCGAUUUGUGUAUUGUGCAGUUGUCAAAUUAUUAUUUCGCCUCAGUCGCAUGAGAUAAGAGUGCAUCCAUGAGAAGUUGCCCACUAGGGAGAAUAAUUUGAUAGCAACCAUUGUUUUUCAAAACCUAGCAAUAACUGCUGACGUUAUAAUUAGCGGUUCAGUUAUGUACGCGUGACGUCUGUGUUGACAAAAAUGUCGUUUGCUUACUCUAGUAUUAUCUCUAAUUUGGAUGAUUUUAAACAGUCGAACUGACAGAUUGUAACCUUUAUUCAUUACCACAAAUUAGCGACAAAAUGGCCACUAUUUGUAUACUAAUUUGCAUAUAAUUCAUACAGUAUAUAAUGGUUCAGUUUUUAUUGGGAAUAUACAGGGUGAAAAUAUUUAACUCGAAAUUAUUGCAAUCUGAGAGCUUGGCUACUGUUUGCCGACCUCGUGAUCAAUACAGCAUAAUUUCUGGCAUUAGAGAACUUUAGAUUGACGUUUGUGGCAAACGUCAUACCCCCAUAACGAUGUUUUUUAUUUUACAACUCUAUUAUAACAGCUUUUAGACCAGUUUUGAAAUAUACUAAGUCUUGUGAUAUUCAAAGCAGUAAAUUAAAAUUUAGCAUUUGAAGUUUACGUUUGGCGCAUAAAUUUCACGCUUUAACGACUAUACAAGCCCUCGUAGCAGUUCAAGCAUAAAAUUUAUACGCCAAACGUCAACUUCAGACGCCAGAUCUUAAUUUACUGCUUUGGUGAAUACGUGACUAGUGGUUAAUUUGCUUUCUUAAACCAUUGCUAAAGAGCACAAGUUUAGUAAUUGUUUAAUAUAUUUCGAAACAGGUGUAAAAGCUGUUAUAAUAGAGUUGUAAUAUCAAACACUUCGCUAGCAGUUUGGCGUUUGCCGUAAACAUCAAUCCAAAGGUCUUUAAUAAUGUAUGUAAGUUUGUACGCAUAUUUCCAACGAAAUCGAGUUGAAGUGUACCUAAUCCUUGCUCUCUAUUUCUUUCAGCUCGGACAGAUCGUUACAAUCAUUCUCUUGAAAGUGAUGAUGAUGAAGACCAAGCAGCGUUAGACUUCAGUAGUUUCUCGACCUGCUCACCUCGUUAUUCCAGAAUAUGUAACUCACCUUCGCCCCUCGCAUCUUCCCCUGUCUCGCCGGUUGGCCAGGAAAUGUUUCAUGAUCUUAAAUCUAGUGAGAAAACCAUCAGACGGACAUAUAGCGAAGGCAGUAACUCACCUCCUACCGUCCGUCGUCGAAGUAAAACAGAGUCGCAUAAUAGUGGAUUCAGAGAAAG